AUGGCUCUGGAAGCGGAGACGGUGUCGCGGCGGCCGUUCCUGGCCGCGGGCGGCGGCGACGGAGAGCUUUCGGCUGGGACGACAGUGCCGGUGCUCCUCGCCACGGAGAAGGACCGGCCGGUGGACGAGGUGAUCUGGGGCAACGAGAAGCGGAUGAAGCGGGAGCUCCUGGCGUGGGCCAAGGCUGUGGCGUCCAUGGCGACCAGCAGCGGCAAGAACACCACCUCCUCCUCGCCGUCAUCGCCGUGGCUGUCCAUGACACGCACAGCAGAGGAUAGUCUCAGUUUUUUCAUUCCAUGGAUCGGCUUGUAG